UAAACACUUCUUUCCAAAUUUUAUUAACUGGGUAAGGAAUUUUAUCGCUAGGAACAGCAAAAUCUAAACGUUAUGUCAAAAGACUUAGUUAUGGCAGGAAAUAGGUGGCGCUUUUAUUUGGCAAAAGAUGGAAGUAUUUCUUUACAAUUCCAAUGUUUGUCGUUUAUGUGGAGAAGAAAAUGAUAAUGGGACUUUGUUAUAUUCAAGUGAAGAAAAUAAUCAAAACUUAAGUGAAGUUAUUAACACAUAUUUGCCUAUAAAGGUGUCCGAUGAUGGACAGCUACCUCGUACCAUAUGUCCAGGAUGCACCAUUCAACUUGAAGCCACCGUAGAAUUCCUUACUCUUAUUAUAAAUGGACAAAAAGUUAUUCGUGAACUGUACCUUAGAGAGAAAGAGUACAAAAAAACAAUACUGAAUCCCACGAACGAACAAGAUAUUAUUACAGAAAAGAUAAUAUAUGAAGUAAACACUACAAAUGGGGUUUACCAAGUAGAACAUCCCAUUGCUUUACAAGUUGCUGGGCUGGAAAAGCCAAAACGUAAGCGGGGCAGACCCCCUAAAAAGCCCAAAACUCCAGAAGAGUUGGCCAAGGAGGCUGCCGCUAAAGAACAAGAAGUUAAAGUUACAAAAAGAGAGGAAAAAGAUGAUGAACCUACAGGGAAACGGAGGAGGAAAACUCCAACUAGAUUUAGAGAAGCUGUCCAGGGUAAAGAACUUGAGCGAAUAUUUAAAGAGGAAGGGGUGACAGAUGGAGAUGAAAGUGAUCUUGAUAUUAAGCCCGAAAUGGAAAUUGAGUCUAAGCCAUUGGUGCCAAAGGAGCCAGAGAUUAUAGGGCACUUGGAGGAAUCGGGAGAACUUGUUGUUGUUGUCAAGGGCAAAGGCCGAGGAAGACCAAAAGGACCAAUGCGUCUAACCCGAAAGGAAUGUGCAAUCUGCGGCAUGGAGUUCACAUGUACUGGUCGCUACAUGUCCCAUGUUGCUCAACACGGACCAGUCCUGUACCAGUGUGGGGAGUGCUCCGAGACUUUCAAUACUCGACUGCAGUUCAAUAGCCAUCAGAAGGAGACUGCACAUAGCGGACAGAAUAUUAUACCCUGCAAGAAGAAUGUUGAUAGGGGUAAAGCUAAAAAAAAUAAGAAGACCACAUUUGAACCAAUACAAAUUGUUGGUGAACAACCAGAGCCAGAAGUAACCACAGUUGAUUUAUCGGAAACAGUGUCCACAGUACCUAACUCCUUACCAGAACUCGAUCCACCGCCGGUUGUUGAUAAAAAUGAGGUGGAAGCCACUGUCGAGUUUGUAGAAGAAACUGCUGAAACAGGAAUAGAAAUAGCAUCUAGUCCAGGAGAUGAUGUGAAAAUUAUUGAGACACCUGAAGAAACAAUUGCUGUUGAAAAAACUGAGGAAACUGAUGAAAAGGACACAACUGCAACUGGAAAAGUUAGACUCAAGUGUAAUCACUGUGAGAAAACAUUUAGUAAUAAGCAGAGCAAGUCCAUGCAUAUCAAGGCGGUGCACCUGGGCGAGCGCGCGUACGCGUGCGGCGAGUGCGGCGCCAGCUUCGCGUACCCGCGCUCGCUGGCGCUGCACGCCGUGUGGCACCGCCGCCGCAACGCGCCCGGGAAGGGGUACGCCUGCGACCUGUGCGGGAAGGUCCUGAACCACCCUUCAUCGGUGGUAUAUCACAAGGAAGCGGAGCACGCGGGCCAGCGCUACGUGUGCAACAAAUGCGGCAAGUCCUUCAAACACAAGCAGCUGCUGCAGCGACACCAGCUCGUGCACUCGCAAGACAGGCCCUACAGCUGCAAGUCGUGCAAUGCUUCAUUCAAGACUAAAGCCAACCUCUUGAAUCAUUCACUGCUGCAUUCCGGUGUCAAGAAAUUCUCGUGUGAAAUCUGCAAGCAUAAGUUUGCACACAAGACCAGCCUUACAUUACACAUGAGGUGGCACACUGGCCAGAAGCCGUACGCGUGCUCGACGUGCGGCAAGUGCUUCAGCCAGAAGGGCAACCUGUCGGAGCACGAGCGCAUCCACACGGGCGAGAAGCCGUUCCAGUGCGCGCAGUGUCCGCGGCGCUUCACCACGUCGUCGCAGCACCGCCUGCACCUGCGGCGCCACGCGGCCGCGCGGCCGCACGCCUGCGCGCACUGCGGCAAGCGCUUCGCGUCGCGCGCCGCCGCCGCCGCGCACCUGCGCCGCGAGGCGGGCCCGCGCGCGCACCGCUGCGACCACUGCGGCCGCGCCUUCGCCGAGCGCUGGCCGCUGCUCAAGCACCUGCGCCUGCACUCCGGCGAGCGCCCCUUCCGCUGCCCGCACUGCCCGCGCGCCUUCGCCGACUGCUCCAACCUCAACAAGCACAAGAAGCAAGUCCACAAACAGAUCAGCCUCCUCGCCAACUCCAACCCGCAGCUCGCACCUGCGGCUGUCCCGGCUGUCGUGCCAACGGUCCCGCUGCCGGCGGCGGAGAUAACUCUCGUACCAAAGACCUCACCCGCGCUGCUCACGGAAGAAGUUCAGGACGACGAACUGGAGGAGCGCGUCAUAUACGUCACCUAUGAUGUUGAUGAUACUGAUUCCCCCGCCUUCCAUAUACUGGACCCAGAACAGGCGGCGGGCCUGGAGGAGAGCAAGGUGUUGUCGAGCUGCGAGCUGUACGGCGGGGCGUCGCUGCUGGUCCCGGAGCCCGAGUACGCGCAGCUGGCGCUGGGCGACGCCGCGCCGCUGCAGCAGGACCUCGCGCUGGCGCCGCACCAACACAUGCCGGUGACUGACGAGCAAGGCAAUCCUCUUCAUUUUACAAUGCAGGAUGGUACGCGACUGGCCAUCACAUCCGCCGAUGGAAAAUCUUUACAGGUGAUAACGCAAGAUGGACAGACUAUACCGGUUGAGAUAAACGGAUACGCAAAUGAAGAGGAGGUAGACAACCCAGAUACAAUCGUACAUCAGUUGAACCUGCAGAAGACAGUCGACUCCAACGUGUCGUCUCCAGUCACGCACUACUUUACUAUAGUCUAGACAUCUAUACGUUCUACAAACUAUAAGUUUGGUAGAAACCCCGCUAGAUGGCGUCAUUUAGUUGAUCAAAAUCGCCAUCAUCGCCCUCCUACUAAUUAGGUUGUUUUUUUAACUAAUUAUUAAUAAUGAUUAAUUAAUGAAUAUAUGUUAAUGUCUCCUUUAUGUCGCAAUGAUUGAUGGAUCUCUUUUAGAUAUUACUGAUUUUAAUAAUAAUUAAUAUACGUAAAUUAUAAUUUUAAUGAUUAAUAGAAUUUCCAAUUUUAGUUAAUGAAAAUACCGUCGCCAAUGUAACACUAGUACAAUAAAGUCACAAUUUGUUGGCCUUCACAUAGUUUAGCCAGUAUUAUUGUAAUUUUAUAGAAAUAAUGUUAUGUAAAUAAAAAUACGUUUAAUUUUUGAUGAUUGACAA